AUGGAGGCGGCAGUGAUAGACUUCCAGGCUUUCAUGGGCCUCGGUCCUUCCAAGUUCAUCGUCAAGGAGGUCUCUGUCAUGGACCUCGAUACCCUCGCCGAGCAGAGCUUCCUCUUCAAGCCCCCCAGGGAGAUACCCCAAGAGCGCAGCCCCAGCGACAUAUGGCUCAAGAAGCACCACCACCACCUGGAAUGGAGUCAAGGCAACAUCGAGUACUUCAUGCUGGAGGAUGUUCUUACCAAGAGUACGAAAAAGUUCCGUUUCUUGUUCGCCAAGGGGAUAGAGAAGUGCGAUUUCCUCGAAGAUCUCCUGAGAAAGCACGUGUACGACCUGGAGACGUUCGGCUGCCCGGCGCUGAAGAAGCUGGCCGAGUCCCUCAAGUGUGACAGGUGUCCUCAUCACGCGGGAAAGAAGUACGUCUGCGCACACCUGCAGACCAUCGGCCUGGCGAAGUGGGCUGUCGCGCACAAGGAGAAGAUCGACUUGAGGGAUGCUCGUGUGAGGCUGGAGACUUUCAAGAGAUGGAGUGUCUUGAUGGACCCGUCGAAACUCUCCCAGCAGGGAUUCGUGUACAUUCGGAAGACAAUAUCUGGGAUAAGGUGCGUCUACUGUGGCCUGCAGAUACUGAAGAUCAACCCUUCCAGCGAUCCUCAAGUUGACCACAAGAGCCUUUCUCCCGACUGCGUUUCCUUCAAAAAUAAAUUAUAG